CCUGGGAGCCUCCCCUGCCGCUGUGCUGGGGCCGGCGGGCACUAUGCGGUGUUGCUUUCCGUCCGCCUGGUCGUGGCCUGGCUGCACGGUUCGGGUUUGUCGCCUUAACUUCUCCGCGCCCAGCAGUCGGUCGGUCUGUUGGGGUGUCAGUUGCGCCCCCGUGCACAAGCCGCUUUGGUGUGUCUCCAUGAUGGGUAGAAUGACUUCUUGCCCAGGGCCUGAAAAGCCAACGCCCUGUUUGCACUGAGGUCCUUUCUCAAGUCUCGUAUUUCCCGUGCCAUGGGUAAAAAUAAGCCAUCUAACUCACGCAAAAUUAUAUCCCCUCUUUGACUGAACUGUGCCUUCUCACCCACUGCUUAUCGAUUGUGUAUAUUUGCACAGAACAGCAUGCAGUAGGAGCCUUAAGCUAUGCCUAAUGCUGUUGGUUUUGAUGUAGCACAGCAUAGCUUGUUUCAUAAACAAAGUAGGGGUAGGAAGAGAGCCGUGUGAAGUUAAAAUUGUGUCCCACCUGCUGUGUUUUACCAUUGCCCAGAAGAGAAUAUGGAUGUUAAUACUGAGUCUUUCUUUAUUUAGAUAUGCAAUUUCAUACUAAACUAUAUGUACUUCAAGGCCAAAAAAAAAAAAACCCAACCACAAACCAGAAACACCAAGACACUCCUAUUUUGCAGAAAAGAUUACUUCAGUUCUCUUGUGUUUUGUCUUGCUGUACUAAUCAAGGUUAUUCAUUUUAGUCUGCCUCCAUGGUAUGGGUCCUUCAUCUUCCUCUUUAGCAGCAUCUGUGUCUGGUGUGUGGUAAUUCUGUGACAAAAAGUGAUCCCAAAUCAGGCAGAAGAGCCUCACCUGAGAUGUGUGUGAAGUGUGGAUCUAAGCUAAUAAGGUCUCCUGUUGGAAGGAAGUUGGGUACAGUGAAACACAAAUGCUGUUAGUGCUCUCAAGUGAGGUUUGGAUGCAGAAAAGCAUAGGCACCUUUUGUCUUUUUCAGCUUAUGGAAACUUUCUUAAGGUAUGGAAGUUCUUUCUGCUGUAGAAAAGAUGACCUUUUAGUCUACCAUGAAUUUGUUUUGAUGUUUAUUACCUUGGUCUUUGUUUUGCCAAUUCUUUUUGCUGCCAUACCUUCCACAUGCAGCUCACUAGUGUCUUAUUUUUACCAAAGUGUUUUUUUGUUAUAGAACCUUAAACACCAUCAACAUUCAGCUGAGUAAUCUAUUUAAUCUCAAAAGGUAGUCUUAAAUGGUUAGGUAGUACAUUAAAAAUAUUGAUUGCACCAUUUUGUAAUGAAUUUAUUUUCUGUGCCACACGGAAAAAUAAAUUAUCUACGUUUUCAGUCAGAAUUAAGGUCACACCUUUCUGUAUUGAAUAAUGAUUCUAAACUUGUUGGGCAUCUCUUGAGUUCAAUCUAUUUUUGGCUUCAUUGUAGUGACUAACUUCCAAAGUACUGUAUUUAGUGCUUCUUGUGAAACAACAUGGAUUUUUUUUCUUCCUACUGUCAUAGUUCUUACAAGUAAAGUUGAAUGCAAGAUUGUUGAUCAGGUGCUAUAGCUCUAUGUGAUGUUUGCAUGCUAGCUGAAUCAGAAGUUACGGCACUGCCUACCUGCUUUAUUUAAAGAUAAAACACAUCCUUUUUUUUUUAUGUACUAUGCCAAGAUGAAAGAUUAAACCGGUUUUAGCAAUAUAGCCCUUUUUCUACACUGAGUGAUCCAACUGUACCAAAAUAGAGUUGAGAUGUAAGAAAAGCUACAAAGCAUGUGAUGCAAAUGAGGAGACAAAUGGAUUGACAUUUUGAGAAAAAAAAAAAAAAAAAAAGUAACAUGACCUGGCAGGCUGGAUGACUAAAUAUGGCUAACUGAAUCUGUUCUGCAUUGUUUUGCCUAGUACUUGAGUAAGGAUGCCUUAAGAAGAUAACUAUGGAUAAAUAUAUUAAAGUGAGAAAGAUUGGAGAAGGAUCCUUUGGGAAAGCAAUUCUUGUCAAAGCUAAAGAAAAUGGCCAACAGUAUGUUAUUAAAGAAAUAAACAUCUCUAAGAUGUCAAAUAAGGAGAGAGAAGAAUCAAGAAGAGAAGUUGCUGUAUUGGCUAACAUGAAACAUCCGAAUAUUGUGCUGUAUAGGGAGUCAUUUGAAGAGAAUGGCUGUCUCUACAUAGUCAUGGAUUAUUGUGAAGGAGGAGACCUUUUUAAAAAAAUAAAUGCCCAGAAAGGAAUCUUAUUCUCUGAAGAUCAGAUUCUGGAUUGGUUUGUACAAAUCUGUUUAGCACUGAAGCACAUACAUGAUAGAAAAAUCUUGCAUCGGGACAUAAAGUCGCAGAAUAUAUUUUUAACCAAAGAUGGAACGAUACAGCUGGGAGAUUUUGGGAUCGCCAGAGUUCUUAACAGUACUGCUGAGUUGGCUCGCACUUGCAUAGGAACACCAUACUAUCUGUCACCUGAAAUAUGUCAGAAUAAACCUUACAACAAUAAAAGUGAUAUCUGGGCCCUUGGCUGUGUUCUUUAUGAGAUGUGCACACUUAAACAUGCGUUUGAAGCUGGUAACAUGAAGAACUUGGUACUGAAGAUAAUCUCUGGACCUUUUCCUCCUGUUUCUAUGCAUUACUCCUAUGACCUACGUAAUCUGCUGUCACAGUUAUUUAAAAGGAAUCCUAGGAAUAGACCAUCAGUAAACUCCAUAUUGGAGAAAAACUUUAUAGCCAAACGAGUUGAAAAAUUUCUCACACCACAGCUUAUUGCAGAAGAAUUCAAUCACAAAAUCUUCCAGAAGUUUGGACCACAUGCUGCACCUGCUAAAAGACCAGCUCAAGAACAAAUACUGACUUCAGUUGCACCAGCUCAGAAAAUUACCAAACCUGCUGCAAAAUAUGGAGUGCCUUUAGUGAUCAGGAAGUCUUGUGAUGCAGCUAAAAAGCCUAAUGAGAAGAAGCCAUUGGCUAAAUCUAGACAGGCCUUUUCAACUACAAAGAAGAAAAUGAGUCCAGGAGGAGAAAGGAGGAAAAUGUUUGAGGAACCUUCAAAAAAGAAAAGGUUAGAAUUGCCUGAAAAAGAAAAACGCCAGAGAGAGCAGAUCAGUUUACUGAAGGCAGAUGAAAUGAGAAGAUUGGAAAAAGAAAGGAUGGAACGAAUAAACAGAGCCAGGGAACAAGGAUGGAGGAAUGUGCUUGGUUCAGGUGGAAGUGGUGAUGUUAAGGCACCGUAUUAUGGUGGUGGAGGUGGUGUUGGUCCUUUUCCUGUGUCUUCCAGAGGACAAUAUGAACACUAUCAUGCUAUUUUUGACCAGAUGCAACAGCAAAAGGAAAACACUAGAAUAGCUGAAGAGAGGGAAGCCAAAUUGAGGGUGAAAAUACAAGGCCAAGAAGCUGUUGAAAGAGGAAUUCCACCUGGAAUACGUCCAGGAGUUCCUAAGGGGCCUGCAGGUCAUCACCCUUUACCUGAUGCUGGUGCAGUUAGGAAAAAAAUGAAAAGAUUGAAGGAUGUGUCUAAACAAGCCAAUGCAAACAGGCAAAAAGGAUGGAUAGCUGCAGAUAGAGCAAAGCAAGUAGAAGAAUUUUGGCAACGAAAGAGAGAAGCCAUGGAAAACAAAGCUCGAGCUGAGGGACACAUGGGUACUCUGCAAAACAUGGCAGAUAUCUAUGGAGGCAGGUCCAUUUCUGCAAGAGGAAGGAAAUCCAGAAACAAGGAGGAAGAGGAAUAUUUGGCAAGAUUAAGACAGAUCCGGCUACAAAACUUUAAUGAACGUCAACAGAUUAGAGCAAAACUUCGUGGAGAGAAGAAUGAAGCUGCCAGUUCUGAUGGACAAGAAUCAAGUGAGGAAGCAGAACUGAAACGCAAAAAGAUAGAAGCACAGAAGGCCCAAGCAAAUGCUCGAGCUGCAGUUCUGAAAGAACAGCUAGAGCGAAAGAGAAAGGAAGCAUAUGAAAGAGAGAAAAGAGCCUGGGAAGAACAUCUGAUAGCGAAAGGAGUAAAGAAUACUAAUGUGCCUUUUCAUGUGGGAGCUACAGAACAGAGCCCUGUGCAUGGACUACAAGAGCUUGGAGCAGCUCCUCCUAAGCCACAAACUCCAGUGAAGCCUGGUACACCAGUCAUCUCCAUGACUUCUGCUUUGAAGGAAGUGGGUGUGGAUGAAAAUGUAACUGCUUUCCAGGAAGCUGAGGAGGAAAUAAAAAAACCAGAUUUUGCAAUGCAAAAUAAACGAGAAAUACUGAGGAGACUAAAUCAAAAUCUUAAAGCUCAAGAAGAUGAGAAAGGAAAAAAGGAGUGUAAAAAUAUGUCUGAAUCAGCUGGGUCUGAAGAUAGUGAAGAACAACAAGAAGGUGACCAUCCACUUCUAGGAGAUCGCAAAAAAUGGGAAUCUGGGGCAUCUGAGUUGGUAGUUCCUCUAGCUCAGUUAUCGAUGGAAGAUUCUCUCUCCGGAACAGACCGACAAACUCUGGGGGAAGUAAUUAAAUUAGAUAUUGGUGAACCCCACAGGAAAGUCUGGGGAAAAAGUCCUACUGAUUCAGUCCUGAAGAUCCUUGGAGAAGCAGAGUUGCAGCUGCAAACUGACCUACUCGAGGAACUAGAUGUAAUAAAUGGUACUGCAGAACUUCUUGAAGGAGAUCAUCAGUCCUUAAUUGUAAAAGAGGAGAAGGAAGAGAGAGCUUUUCCUACAGUCGGAGCUCAGUCUUCAGUACCAGCUGGUGUCACAGAGUCUGACGUGACUAUACCAGAAGAAUCUCGAAGAGUUGGGCCUACACAGGUGCAAAGCAAACCUAUUAUGCUGGAUGAGCCUGAUGAUUUGCAAGCAGAGAUGUUAGAAGAAACAGAAGAAAGUAAAAAGCACCAGAAUAAGGAGAAUAAGGAAUUUCCCAUCACUGUUAAUGAAGCAUGGGUAAAAGAGAAAGAGGAUAAAGCACAACACAACAGAAGAAAUGAAGCAACUUCUGAGAAAGUAGUGCUUGACAAGGUGCAACCACAAAAGGAAGCUCCAGAAGAAACUUGCUCCAGUGACUCUCUGCAACCUGAACCCUUAUUCCAGAGGGUAAUACAGCCCCCCGCUGUACCAACAGCCUCACCAGUUCUGUCAGCUCAGUCUUCACAGGAAGAAUCUUUUGUACCUCGUUCAUGUUCCAUAUCACCAGCAAAAAAUAAAGGCAAAAGUUCAUUGUUGAUUGGACUUUCUACAGGGCUUUUUGAUGCAAACGACCCAAAGAUGUUGAGAACUUGUUCGCUCCCGGAUCUUUACAAACUGUACAGAACUUUAGUUGAUGUUCCCAGCAUAGCAGAUAUGCAGCAUCAACAUAAUCUUGAAAUAGAUGAUACGGAAGAUGAGCAAGCCAAAGAAGGACCCUCUGAUUCUGAGGAUAUUAUGUUUGGGGAAGCAGAUACAGAUUUACAGGAACUCCGGGCCUCAAUGGAACAGUUGCUUAGGGAGCAGCCUAGUGAGGAAUUCAGUGAAGAGGAGGAGUCUACUUUAAAGGCUAAUGCCAUCGAAUGCAUAACAAAUGGCACAGAGCUGGAUGAAGGAGAUGAAAAUAACCCCAGCAGUGAAAGUGCACUUAAUGAAGAAUGGCAGUCAGAUAAUAGCGAUGGAGAGAUUGCCAGUGAAUGUGAAGAAUGUGAUAGUAUCUUCAGCCAUUUGGAAGAGUUGAGAUACAACCUGGAGCAGGAAAUAGGCUUUGAUAAAUUCAUUGAAGUCUAUGAGAAAAUAAAGGCUAUACAUGAAGAUGAAGACGAAAAUAUUGAUAUUUGUUCAACCAUAGUUCAGUCUGUUCUUGGCAAUGAGCACAAACACCUGUACGCCAAAAUACUUCACCUAGUAAUGGCAGACGGAGCCUACCAAGAAGAUAAUGAUGAAUAAAACUGACUCAGGAAAUUCCUUAAUGCUGUUCUGCGUAUCGGUGUUUGAAGUCCGCACAGCUGAAUAACAUUGUAGUGGAAAAUGUAACAUGGGCCAGGAGAAGCAAGACUUCAAAAAAGAAUGUUGAUUCUAUGAAAAAGAAAAAAACAUGCCUUUAAAAACUGAGAAACUUAUACACUUCUCGUGUGUGUACUUGCAUAUGUGUUCAUUAAAUAUUAGAUGCCCAAAAGCUAAAAAACAGAACAAAAACCAACAACAAAACAAAAAAACCCAAACCUGUAAAAUUCUCAAUUUCCAAAAGGAAUAUAGAAAGGAAUACCUGUAGAUAACUACUAGAAGUUACAAAGUUAUAAAAAACUGAGACCUAUAAUGCAAAACAAUUUCUGCCCUGUCAACAGCUGGCUGGUAUGGUUAAGCAAUUGGAAGCAUUACUGUGUUGUGGAAGUACCCACAUCUAGCUAUUCACUUGCAUACUCAAAAUAGCCUCUCUUUACACCUACAUCAAGGAAUUACUUCAUUUUUAUUGACCCUCGUGGUUGUAUUUUAAUAGCAUCUUAAUCUAGUGGUCCAGGUUGAAUAUUUUGCUUUUUUUCUUAAAAAAGAAUUACUGUAUAUAGAAGCUGAAGGCUUCUGUCACUUUUUAAACCAGUGUCACCUGAAAUAUCUUACUGGUGUUUCUAAAUCAAGGCGAACUGGUACUUCAGUCAUCACUGAAAUGUCUGGGGUCUUUUGAGAUUGUAAAAUUAAUUUGGAGCUAGAAUACUUUUCCCCAGUAUUUUUCUUCCCCUUUCCAAAGCCCCAGGUAUUUAGCUCUUUUGAGUUCUGUAAUCUGGUCAAUGGUGAUGCAGUAUGCUGUUGAACUGAAAGGAGUGGGGGUUUUCCAGUUUGUUUUUAAAUUCUUACUGGGACACUCAUGGCUCCAGAAGCUGUGGUGGUAAUGGAAAUCCUGCAGGCACAAGUGCUAGGUAAUACUUCCCAUCUCUUGGCUCAUGUUUUGUAGCUUGAUUUCCACCACCCCAAAAGGAAAAAUGGGUUUCUUCUGACCCACGCUUCCUUGUUCCUCCUGUCAAAGCAGUGCUACACAGGGCAGGCUCUAGGCACACUGUUGUUUUCCAGUCAUCACCUCUGGAACAGCUUUAUUGGCUUUCCCAUACAGUAAGUCUCUUGAUACAAAUAUGACGAACUGUCAAACUUCCAACUGCCCUAGUGGAGAAAACCAGAUUUUUUUUUUUUUUUUUUCCCCCCCAGCUACAGCCAGUCACAAUCUAAAACUGUCAAAAGUUACUUUUCCACAAAGUAAAAAUUAAGUAUUUAUAUAUUAUUUAGAAAUGUCAAAAUAUGUACAUGAUUUUUGUAUAAUUGUUUUAUGGUGGUGUUAUUAAAGUUUUGCCCACUGAAAA